ACGGAGCCGUCCUUUCCGGGUUGCGCAGCCCUCUCAUGUGAGCCACCGCGGGUAAGCUUCACCCAGAGGGCUUCACCGAGCAGUCCUUUCCGGGUUGCGCAGCCAUCUCAAGUGAGCCGCCGCGUGUAAACUUCACCCAGAGGGCUUCACCGAGCCGUCUUUUCCGGGUUGCCCAGCCACCGCAUCCCUGGUGUCUGCACAGAGCUAUGUCCUCAAGAGAAAAGCCCAAGAUUGAACCCCAAGAUUAAGGUUCCCAGCAAGAAGGAGCCGGCUAUCAUGUCAAAGACGGGCUCCCAUCUGGUCACAGGCGUGAGUCCUGCCAGUCUUUGCAAGAAGGAUCCUGAAGAGAAAGGAAAAAAUUUUCCCCAUCUAAAAGUACAGAUCAGUCCUAGCUUCUCUGGAUUCUGUGCUUUUCGAGUGGAGGAACCCCAAAGAGGACUACGAAGUUCUUGCAGUUCUACAACCAUGGCCCAUAUGUCCUUGUCAUUCAGGGAUGUGGCCAUAGACCUCUCCCAGGAAGAGUGGGAGUGCAUGAACCCUGUUCAGAGGGCCUUGUACAGGGAUGUGAUGUUGGAGAACUACAGCAACCUGGUCUCAUUGGGAUGUUCCACUCCUAAGCCAGACAUGAUUACUUUAUUGGAGCAAGAGAAAGAGCCCUGGAUGAUAAUGAGAGAAGGAACAGGAAGUUGGUUCACAGAUUUGGAGUCUAAGUAUUUCACCAAAAAGUUAUUUCCAGAAAAGGAUAUUUGUGGACCACAUUUGUUUCAGUUGCAGACAGUGGAUGAAAGUCAAACUUAUAUCCACGAGGACACCAUUUUCAGAAAUGAUUUGCAGUGUAAACAUGAGUUUGAGAGACAAGAAGCACAUCAAAUGAGAUAUGCUAGUCAAAUGAUAAUCCAAAACUGUGUAGCUCUUCCUCUACAUGAGAAAAUUCAUGCCAUAGAGAAAUCAUAUGAAUGUAAGGAAUGUAGGAAGGCUUUUAGGCAACAGUCACACCUUACUCAACAUCUAAGAAUUCAUACUGGUGAGAGACCCUAUAAAUGCAAGGAAUGUGAGAAAGCCUUUUGUCGUGUGGGAGACCUUAGAGUACAUCAGAGAACUCAUGCUGGGAAGAGACCCCAUGAAUGUAACAAUUGUGGGAAGACUUUUAGGCUUCAUUAUCACCUUACUGAACAUCAGAGAAUACAUUCUGGUAUGAAACCCUAUGCGUGCAAAGAAUGUGGAAAGGCCUUUAGUCGUGUUCGAGACCUUAGAGUACAUCAGACAGUUCAUGCUGGGGAGAGACCCUAUGAAUGUAAGGAAUGUGGGAAGGCCUUCACGCUUCACUCUCAGCUUACCGAACAUCAAAGAAUUCAUACUGGUGAGAGGCCUUAUGAGUGUAAAAUUUGUGGAAAGACCUUUAAGGUACAACAACACCUUACUCAACAUCAGAAAACUCAUACUGGUGACAAACCCUAUAAAUGUAGUGCCUGUGGGAGGGCCUUCAGUCAUGGCUCACACCUUGCUCAACAUCAGAAAACUCACACUGGUGACAGAUCCUACGCCUGUAAAGACUGUGGUAAGUCCUUCAGUUCUCGUGCAGAUCUUGCUCGACAUCACAGAAUUCAUACUUGUGAAAGACCCUAUGAAUGCAAGGAAUGUGGGAAGGCCUUCGGUAGACGCUGUCAUCUUACUCGACAUCACAAAAUUCAUACUUGUGAAAAACCCUAUGAAUGCAAGGAAUGUGGGAAGGCCUUUAUUCGUAGCAGUCAACUUACUUCACACCAGCGAAUUCACACCAGUGAGAACACCUACGAGUGCAAAGAAUGUGGAAAGAUUUUCAGUCGUCGCUACAGUCUUACUCAACAUUAUACAAUUCACACCGGUGAAAAACCCUAUGUAUGUAAAGAAUGUGGAAAGGCCUUUCGCCUUCAAACAGAACGAACUCUGCAUAACAGAAUUCAUACCGGUGAAAAGCCCUUUAAAUGUCAGGAAUGUGGGAAAGCCUUUGUCCGUAGGCAUUAUCUUACUCAACAUGAGAGAACUCAUACUGGUGAGAAACCUUAUGUAUGUGACAAAUGUGGGAAGACCUUUAGUCGGCGCUGUUAUCUUACUCAACAUCACAGAAUCCACACCGGGGAGAAACCCUACAUAUGCGACAAAUGUGGGGAGGCUUUUAGUUGUAGUUAUCAACUUACCUUUCAUCGAAGAAUUCACACUGGUGAGAGUCCAUACAAAUGUAAGGAAUGUGGAAAGGUCUAUAGUCGCCGGUAUCAUCUUACUCAUCAUUUUAGACUUCAUACUGGUGAGAAACCUUAUGGGUGUAAAGUAUGUGGGUGUACCUUCCGUCUUCGAUCAGGACUUACUCGACAUUACACAAUUCAUACAGGUGAAAAACCGUAUGAAUGUAAAGAAUGUGGGAAAGCCUUUGGUGUCAAGUCAGAACUUAAACGACAUCACAGAAUUCAUACUGGUGAGAGACCCUAUAAAUGUAAACAAUGUGGGAAGGCUUUUGUUCGUCGUGAUCAACUCACUGUACAUCAGAGAAAUCACAUUAAUUAGGAAUCCCUAUGCAUAAUGUAAAGAGGAUAUUGAUUGGUUGCUAAGUUGUGUCUGACUCUUUGUGACCCCAUGGACUAGCCUACCAGGCUCCUCUGUCCAUGGGAUUUCUCAGGUAAGAAUACUGGAGUGGGUUGCCAUUUCCUCUCCAGGGGAUCUUCCUGACCCAUGAUUCCUGCAUUGCAGGUGGAUUCUUUACCAUCUGAGCUACUGGGGAAGCCCCUACCGAGGAUACAGUGACCUUUAGAAAAUGCUUUUUAUAACAACAGAGAAUUCAUAAUUAAGAAAAAUUUUACUUGUUAGGGAACAUGUGGUAAUCCCCUUUGCUUCAUGCUUAAAAGUUAACAGAAAUAGUUUUAUACUACAUAUGUUGAUUGAAAGCUGA